GACGAUCAUCUUCUGCCGUUUUAUGCGGCGUUCCACUGUUUCAUGUGGCGGCAAGAGCCUUCCAUGGUUUCAGGUGGCGGGCUUUCCAUCAGCUUAUAUUUAGCGUCCAGUAAUCCAGUUUCUAAAGAGGUCAGGCAAUUUAGUUGAGCUAAAAGACCAAAAGAAUUCCAGGAAAGAGAGUGCACUGCAUCCUGCAGGGGAUGAAAUUCCCCAUUCCCAGCCCACCACACGCGCAAGGAUAGGCCUCCUCAGCAAUGGACGCCGACGGAGUGAGGACGAGGUCGCCAUCCGCCGCCGCCGCCGCGAUGGAGUCGGUGCUGGGCGACGACGACCUGCUCCGCGAGAUCCUCCGCCGCCUCCACGGCUCCCCCGCCUCCCUCGUCCGCGCCGCGCUCGUCUGCAAGCGCUGGCUCCGCCUCGCCUCCGACCGGGCCUUCCUCCGCGCCUUCCGCCCCCGAACCCUCGUCGGCUUCUUCGCCUACCGCAGCGUCCUCGACUUCCCCCGCUUCGUCCCCCUCCUCCCUCCCCACCACCAGCAGCAGGAGGAGGAGGAGCCCUUGCGCCGCUGCCUCGGCGCCUUCGCCGACGCCAUCCCCGCCAUCAAGGACUGCCGCAACGGCCGCCUCCUGCUCGAGUUCUCCGACGCCGCGCUGGACCGCCGCCUCGCCGUCCUCACGCCGCUGCCCCACUCGCGGAAGCCGCCGCACACCUCCGUGCUCCCGCCGGCCCCGCCGCCGCACCCGCAGGAGGCCCCCCUCCGUCUCGGCCGGGCCGUGUUCCUCCCCGAGCACGGCGGCGGCCACGACGGCAUCAUGCUGGUGUCGCUACGGAAGGACGGCCGGAACGUCUCCGCGGACGUCCACGUCCUGAGGUCCGGCGGGUGGGUUGGGCCUCGGACCACCGCGCCCAUCGAGCUCCCGGCGCCGCUGCCCGGUUACCUGUCGAUCGAGCUCUUUGAUGAAAUGCUGCCGCCUUUGCACGGCAAGAUCUUCAUCAAGACCAAUGAGGGCUACAUCGUGGGGCUGGAUUUGGCCACCACACGCCUCUUCAUCCUCGAGCUGCCCCCCGGAGUGCUGUACCGCCUCCGUCUCUCGUAUGCCGAGGAUUCUUCUGGUGGGUUGUAUCUGGUCAAUUCGCACGGGUUUCAGCUGAGUGUCUGGCUCCUUCGCUCCAUAGACUGCGGCGGCGGUGCCGGCGGUGGCAGCUGGGUGCUGGUGGAUACGUUUGAUGUGCGUGAGGGGUGCGAUCUUCUCGUUGAUGACAACUGGGUGCCUAAAGAUGGCGACCGGCUUGAGGUUAUCGGGAUGGGAGACAAUGCCGAGUAUGUGUUCUUGAAUCAUGUUGCGAGUGGUGGGAUCAUAUAUGUUCAUCUGAGGAGAAGGGUGGUCGAGAAGGUGUUUCAGGUGACGCGGGAUGUAGCAUCUUGGCCUUAUGUGAUACAUGUCUCUCCUUUUGUUGAUGGUCUGACCGCUCACUUCCCUGCUUCUGUGAUGAGAAUGGAUAUGAGUCAAAAAUCCAAAGCGCACAUCUAGAAGGUCUGAUUUAUUUCUGAACAAAGUUGUCUCAUAUUACAGAAGGUAUGCCAGCAGAAUAAACAAGUUAGAUGAAUAAGGGUGUAAACGACAGUUAAAGCGCACAGCUAGAAGCUCCAACAUGGUCACUGUUGUAAUUCCCGAGAAAUUUUCAUUUUACAUUUAUUCCAUUUGUAUAUUACAUUUAGGAAGCCACCUUGAUGUCCUGACCUUUAAUGCUUACAAGUGAUAUAUCUUUUACUUUCCA